CUCCCUGGGGCCGGAAGAGGCGCGGGGCGACCAGAAGGGGCCGCACCGGCGCCCGCGGCUCGGAAAGCCAGCGGGGGAGGGAAGAGCGCCGGGCCCGAGUCGGGGAGGCGGGCGCCGCCGGAACGCGAAGCGCGGGACUCCUGCUGCGGGCGGGCGCGAGUUCGCGCAGCACCGCCCCCAGCGUGACCUGCCGGCCGCUUCCGGCGCGGAAGGACAAUGUGGCCGCCGUGCGCGGCCCUGCGGACCGUCGCCUUGGCGCGGUCGCGGGGUGCCCGAGCCUGCAGCGUGGACGGGGGCGUUUCUUACACGCAGGGCCAGAGUCCCGAGCCGCGGACGCGCGAGUAUUUCUACUACGUGGACCACCAGGGCCAGACUAGCAGGCAAAGUGGGCUCGUCCCGGCUCAGGACCGCCCGAGCUUCCCCGCCCCACCUGCCCGCUGGGACUCAUCACGGCCCGGCCGUCUGUCCGCAGCUUUUCCUGGAUGAUUCCAAAAUGAAGAAUUUCAUCACCUGCUUCAAAGACCCGCAGUUCCUGGUCACCUUCUUCUCCCGCCUGAGACCCAACCGCAGCGGGCGCUACGAGGCCUCCUUCCCCUUCCUCUCGCCCUGCGGCAGAGAGCGCAACUUCCUGCGCUGCGAGGACCGGCCGGUGGUCUUCACGCACCUGCUGACCGUGGGCCACGGGCCCCCGCGCCUCUCCUACUGCGGCGGAGGCGAGGCCCUGGCUGUGCCCUUCGAGCCAGCGCGCCUGCUGCCCCUGGCCGCCAACGGGCGCCUGUACCACCCGGCGCCGGAGCGAGCGGGCGGCGUGGGCCUGGUGCGCUCCACCCUGGCCUUCGAGCUCAGCGCCUGCUUCGAGUACGAGCCCGGCGCGCCCGCGCUGCCCUCGCACGUGCUCUGGCAGGGCCGCCGCCUCGCCCUCACCAUGGAUCUGGCCCCGCUGCUGCUCGCGGCUCGGCCGCCCUGAGCAGGGGCGGGAGAAGGGCGGGAGGCCGCGGGCGCCCCUCACCCUGCUCCCCGGGAGCCCGCGCCCUGGAAGGCCGGCGCCCCGGCACUCGCGGCAGCCUAGUGCGCCUGCGCGCCGCGGGCCCCGGACACCCCACCCCGCCCCGCCCCCGGCUCUGUCCUUGGUGCUGCCGCGGCCCGGCCGUUCCGGACCCUCCGCUCCCCACGGCGCGCGCCCCCCGCGCACCCAGCUCGGGCGCCCUCCGGAUUGGCUCGCGCUGGAGACGUCAGGCCCUGGCGGCGGGCGCGGUUGGUGCGGGGCUCUGGUGCGCGUGCGCGAGCGUCCCCCGCCCCCUCCCGGCCCGGCCGCUGCUCCAGCCCGGCAGCCACCUGCACCGCGGGGGAGCCGCUCGGCGCGGGAGCGUCAGGUGAGGGGACGCCCGACCCAAGGUCACCAGGCGUGCGGGGGGAGGGGUUCGGGGACCAUCCCGGCUCUGAUCCUGGCGCGCUCCCAGAAGGGCGUGAGUCCUGGAGGGGGAUGGGGAACGCGGAGGCCACGCCCUCCCUGAGCUUGGCCGAAAAACGACCGGCGCUCAGGGGUGGCAGAGGAGGCCGUGGGGCUUCCUGGCACCGGGUCGCGGCGCUGCAGAGGUGCGCAAGGGCCGCCCAGAGACGCUGGCUUGGGCCCUUGCACUGGCCGGAGGGAGGCACAGGGCGUUCCGUCCUCUUCUCUCCACCCCUCCCGCACAGAGGGGCGCCCGGGAGGCAGUGACAGUCGUCGCGGAAUCCUGCAUGUGACGCCCGCCCCUGCCCAGCGGAUUAGGGGGUUGUCCUCUGGUAAAAGGAUUUCUGGGCUUCUUCCAGCCUGGGGCCCCUGGCCGGCCCUUCUACACCGAGCUGCAUCUAGGGGGGUCAGCGUGAGCAGCGGCGCCCUGAGUUCUGAGGAGGCUACUGGGCCAGGCCUGGAGCCAGUCCUCUUUAUCCAGGGAAAUGGAUCCCAAGGGCCCAGAUAAAUGUCCCCAGUUUCUUGGGGUUCACACACGUCCUGAGACAUUUGGGAACUGCCUCUGCCCGGGCCAAAGCUGUUCCAUUAAAACUUUGUUGCUGUGCUUACUAA